CGUCCUGCCCUCCUCCUCUUCCUCCUCCUGCAGGCGUUUCUCCUCUGGGUUAGCCCAGUUGCAGCCUCCAUCCAAGAGCAGUACUGCGAGAGCCUGCCGCCCGUCACCAACCACACCGGUCCCCAGUGCAACGCCUCGGUGGACCUGAUUGGCACGUGUUGGCCCCGGAGUGCCGUGGGACAGCUGGUAGCUCGUCCCUGCCCCGAAUAUUUCUAUGGCGUGCGGUACAACACCACGAAUAAUGGUUACAGGGAGUGCCUCGCUAACGGGAGCUGGGCAGCACGGGUCAACUAUUCCCAGUGCCAGGAGAUCCUCAGUGAAGAGAAGAAGAGCAAGCUGCACUACCACGUCGCUGUCAUCAUCAACUACCUGGGGCACUGUGUCUCGCUGGGGGCCCUCCUCGUGGCCUUCGUCCUCUUCAUGCGCCUGCGGAGCAUCCGGUGCCUGAGGAACAUCAUCCACUGGAACCUGAUCACAGCCUUCAUCCUGCGCAACGCCACGUGGUUCGUGGUGCAGCUCACCAUGAACCCGGAGGUGCAUGAGAGCAACGUGGCCUGGUGCCGCCUGGUCACUGCUGCCUACAAUUAUUUCCACGUCACCAACUUUUUCUGGAUGUUUGGCGAGGGCUGCUACCUGCACACGGCCAUCGUGCUCACCUACUCCACAGACAAGCUCCGCAAGUGGAUGUUCAUCUGCAUCGGCUGGUGUAUCCCUUUUCCCAUCAUCGUUGCCUGGGCCAUCGGGAAGCUGUACUACGACAACGAGAAGUGCUGGUUUGGGAAGCGAGCGGGAGUUUAUACUGACUACAUUUACCAAGGCCCCAUGAUCCUGGUGCUUCUGAUCAACUUCAUCUUUCUGUUCAACAUCGUCCGAAUCCUCAUGACGAAGCUCCGAGCUUCAACCACGUCGGAGACGAUCCAGUACAGGAAAGCAGUCAAGGCCACGCUGGUGCUGCUGCCCUUGCUGGGAAUCACCUAUAUGCUGUUCUUCGUCAACCCCGGUGAGGAUGAGAUCUCCAGGAUUGUCUUCAUCUACUUCAACUCCUUUCUGGAGUCCUUCCAGGGCUUCUUCGUCUCUGUCUUCUACUGCUUCCUGAACAGUGAGGUGAGCACCAGGGCCCAGGGGGUCCUCGGGGCGAUCUGUACCCUUCCUUGCAGGCAGACCUGA